CCUCCUUCUGUGUGCAAUGAGAAUUGUCAUUUAGGUUACAGUCGGACCAAGAAGGAAGGGAAGCCUUCUUGCUGCUAUGAUUGUCUUCCAUGUCCAGAAGGGAAGAUCUCAAACCAGAAAGACAUGGAUGAUUGUUUUGAAUGCCCUGGGGUCCAGUAUCCAAACCAUGACCAGGAUGGAUGCCUUCCAAAACAAAUAAUCUUCUUGUCUUAUGGAGAACCUUUGGGGAUAAUUUUGACAUCCUUGGCUCUCUCCUUUUCUCUCCUCACUGCUUUAGUUCUUGGAAUAUUCCUGAAGCACAUGGAUACUCCCAUAGUCAAGGCCAACAACCGGAACCUCACCUACACUCUCCUCAUCUCCCUCUUGCUUUCCUUCCUUUGUGUUUUGCUAUUCAUUGGCCAGCCUGAAGCACUGACAUGCCUCCUUCGACAAACUGCUUUUGGCAUGAUCUUCUCUGUGGCAGUUUCUUGCAUAUUGGCCAAAACCACCAUUGUGGUUCUGGCUUUCAUGGCCACCAAGCCAGGAUCCAGGAUGAGGAGAUGGGUGGGAAAACCGUUGUCCAACUCCAUUGUUCUUUCCUGCUCUCUUAUUCAAGCCACGGUGUGUACUGUGUGGUUGGCAACUUCUCCCCCUUUCCCUGAUUUAGACAUUCAUACAAUGAUCCAAGAAACGGUUCUGCUCUGUAAUGAGGGGUCAGUCCUUAUGUUUUACUGUGUGCUGGGCUACAUGGGCUUCUUGGCUUCUGUCGGCUUUGUUGUGGCUUUUCUUGCUCGGAGGUUGCCUGACAGCUUUAAUGAAGCCAAGUUCAUCACCUUCAGCAUGUUAGUGUUCUGCAGUGUUUGGCUGUCCUUUGUCCCAACCUACCUGAGCACAAAAGGAAAAUACAUGGUGGCUGUGGAGAUCUUCUCCAUCUUAGCCUCCAGUUUGGGCUUACUGGGGUGCAUCUUUUUCCCCAAAUGCUAUAUCAUUUUACUGAGGCCUGAAAUGAAUACCAAGGGACAGUUAAUUAGAACAGCAAAGAAUCAGCCUAGCUGA